AUGGCUGCCCUAAGUCGUAGUUCGCUAAUGUGUAUGCAGAGCGACUUUCAGAAGCCGCCUUCAGCCGCCUACCCUGCGCAGGACGAGUGGUAUCGAGAGCUUGAGCGGCAUAGGACGUGUCUUCGACGUCGCUGCAAGGAGUUGAAGACUGCCUUCCGCCCGAGGCAGCACCCGCAACACACGGUUGAUAAAUGCGCCGACCGCUCCCAGGUCUGUAAGCAGAAGGCCCAAAGUCCUGUGUCUACACCGGUUUCGGCAGUGUACCGCGGCAAAGCAUUCAACGGUACCUUGAGUGACGUUGAAUCUAGCAUUUAUGAGCACCAACCUUCGCCGAAGGCAGUACUCGUGACACCCAAUCAUAAUCGAGCCGAUCCACCGAACGCCACCCCCGCCUCAAGACAUACCGGAAGGCACUUUGACGUACCCAAAGGUCGUGGUGCAGUAUUCAACCCGUCGAAUAACGGUACUGCGCACCUUCGCCGUCAUUUACAACGAUCGUCCAGUGUGGGCACUGCUAGAAGUUUCGAAGGAGGCCUUACGUCGUGCUCAUCAUCCGCUGAUAGCGUAAACGGGCACAUCCCCAUCAACUUUCUUUUGGCGUGCAAGAGGGGUAUUGGGGCUAUUACACCAAGUUACAACCGGUCGUUUACUCUGGUCGAUUGCGUGGAUAGAGCACCUCCCUUAGGGCCGGACCCACGUCACGCACAUUGUGUUCAUCGACGCGGUGGUACAUCAAAACCUUACGAGCGCAGCCGUGUUGGCGAUACGUCCUGCGUGACUAAUUGCGAUAGACUUUGCGAAGAUAGGCGUCAAAAGCUGCAAACAUUCUGCGGCGAUAUCAAGCACCAGAACAAGAGCCACGGGCAAGGACGGCCCAACCUACAUUCUCAUCCCUGUAUACCCAGGAAACCGCCGGUAGCCGUGACACAGCCAACGUGCUUGGUUGAUCAUAAAGCACACGAGAGUUACACGAAUCAUCCGUGUAGAACCGAUCGCCACCCUCAUCAAGGGAAGGACUACAGGAAUUGCCAUAGGUGCCACCACUGUUACGAGAACGAUUUCAGGAUGAAUAAAGAAACGCACAUGUCCCCUAAGAACCACGAGCACGGUUCCUCGUUGGACGCGGCUGAGGAUUAUCCGUUGCAUUCUUUCGAGGCUUCCCCCUCACGUAGAUCGCAAGCCGCGUCUCCCGCGGGCGUUACGCGGCAGGUGGAUGCCCAGUUUGUCGAAAACCUGCUGACCGGGCACAACGUGAACGUGGAAGUGCUGAAGGCGCCCGAGCUGGGUUCUACCGAGAGGACGCGCCACAUGCUCUCCGUCUGUCGUGAGGUGUUCAUGGGCGCCAUCGGCGCGCAGGUGGUCUACGUCGUGACGAGCAUGCUGUUCGGCAACGUAGCGGCUGCGAUCAUGGUGGCGCUUCUGUGCAUCCAGAGCGCGUUCUGCCACUGCGACGGGCGCCCGAUGGCCUACGUGAUCAACGGCGUGCUGUCGCUUGUGGUUGCGUCGACGGUAACCGUGGCUUUGUGCUGCGACGUCGCCGGGCUCGAGCCGUACCGCACCGACCCCGUGCUGAACACGAUGUCGUACAUUUAUGUACCGCUGUGUUUUGCGUUCGGGAUAUUUUCGUUCUUCCUGGCCCACAGCAACAACGACCUCCACAAGCGCGAGAGGCAGGCCAUAGUCUACGCGGUCAACCGGCUACUGGGCGACCGCUUCCAUGUGAACCAGCGCAACCUCACCAUCGAGCGGCGCACGUAA